CUCCCUCUCACUGUUGAUCAUAAGUUCUUACCUCUGUGUCCAUGGAUACUUCGUCAUUAAUACUGGCCCUCCAGCUCCAGCAACAGGACCUAAACCUAUGGGAGCAGUCCAGAAAAGGAAAGCAGCGCGAGGGCGAAGUGACAGACUCGGAUUUUGCUCUUCUGGCCUGUCGUCAAGAGCUUGAGCUGAUGACGGGUCAGAUCUCUGAUCAAAUGCUGGCCCUCAGUAUUGCAAGAGCUGUUGAGUCGGAUGGCCAGCUCAUCAGAGAAGCUCAGUUGGCGGAGGAGCAGGCUGUAAAAGAUCGUGAAUAUGCCAUCAGGCUUUCGGGAGGCCCCAGUGCAGCAGCCAAGUCGGAUGCUGAAAGUGUGAAGAAAGUCCCAAGAGUGGACGAGGAGGAGGAUGAUUUGAUCGAUAUCUUGAGAUCAAUGAAUCUGGGUGGAUUUGACGAUUCCACGUCGGGCCAAUCUGAAUCAUCAAAUUGGGCAGCAUCACGCAAGGCGCCUCAAAUGAAGGAAUGCAUCGCCUGCAACGACCGAUUCCCGCCUCUUGCGCUCUCCCGGUCACCUUGCUCUCACGAGUAUUGUCGAGAAUGCAUGGUGAGCCUGGUCCGUUCCUCACUUCAAGACGAGACUCUAUUCCCUCCACGAUGCUGCGGCCAGAACAUUCCUGUCACUGAAGGUCGAUGGUUCACACCAGAGCUAGUCGGCCAGUUCCAGGCUAAGAAGUUGGAAUUUGACACGCCGAAUCGCACGUACUGCAGCGAGCCGUCUUGCUCGACGUUCGUGCCACCACAAUUUAUCGCAGGCGAGACAGCGACUUGCCCCAGAUGCCGUCGGCGUACCUGUGUCCACUGUAAAGGGCCAUAUCACAGUGGUAUUUGUCCGAGUGAUACCGCCUCACAGCAAAUCUUGGAGCUUGCGGCUGAGAACGGCUGGCAGCGGUGCUAUGCUUGCCACAGAGUGGUUGAGCUAGACAUUGGAUGUAAUCACAUGACCUGUAUUUGCAGAGCAGAAUUCUGCUACGUUUGCGGCGAGCGUUGGAAGAAUUGCGGUUGCCCUCAAUGGCAAGAAGAGCGGCUGACGAGAAGGGCCAAUGACAUUGUUGACCGAGAUGACAAUGCCGGUCAUAUGAAUGCCAGGGUUCGGCAGGCUCGUGUUGAACAGGAGAGGGUGAAUUUGAUGGAGAACCAUGAGUGCACGCACGACAGGUGGAAGGGGCGUCCUGGUCCUCGGCAAUGUGAGGAAUGUUACCAGGUUCUUCCCCAGUUCAUUUACGAGUGUCGUCAGUGCCAUAUUAUGGCUUGUAGGCGAUGUCGAUUUAACCGACUUUGAAGUUGAGGCUUGAGGCUGUAUGUAGUUCAAACAUUAAAUAUCGAAAGAAUGGAUCCCAGAU